AUGAUGAAUUAUAAAUCCACUGGAGGCAUUUUAGCAAUUUUAUUGUUAAUAAAUUGUGCUUUAGUAUUAUGUUACGAUCCAAAUGAUGAAAAAUUAGAAACUGUUUUGCCUGAAAAAGGAACUUUUGAGGCUUUUUAUUCCAAAGGAGAACCUAGAGGAUCUGCAAGGGCCUCUCACAACCAUGGCAGCUUCUUUAAAUACCGAAAUCCGGCCCUGGUCGAUGCUAAAAAUGCUGCAGCCUAUGGUUACAGAUUUGAUGGUGGGCGAAGAUUUAACUUUGAUUAA